CUGCGGCUGCUACUACGAAUCUCUCAAGAGACCAACUCUCCUCCCCAACGAUGGCCACUUCCACCGCCACAACCGCUGCAGUGUCGCGCCAGCUCUCGCAGAAGGAGCAAGACAUCCAAAUGAUGCUCGCAGCUGAGGUUCAUCUUGGAACCAAAAACUGCGACUUCCAGAUAGAACGCUACAUUUUCAAGCACCGCAAUGAUGGUAUCUACAUAAUUAACCUUGGCAAGACAUGGGAGAAGCUCCAACUUGCUGCUAGGAUUAUUGUUGCCAUCGAGAACCCUCAGGACAUCAUUGUUCAGUCUGCUAGGCCAUAUGGUCAGAGGGCAGUCUUGAAGUUUGCCCAAUACACGGGUGCGAAUGUAAUUGCUGGAAGGCACACUCCUGGAACAUUCACUAAUCAGAUGCAGACAUCCUAUAACGAGCCUCGCCUACUCAUUCUUACUGAUCCAAGGACUGAUCAUCAGCCCAUUAAGAAAGGUGCUCUUGGAAAUAUUCCGACGAUUGCCUUCUACGACACUGAUUCUCCGAUGCGCUAUGUUGAUGUUGGCAUUCUUGCCAAUAACAAGGGGAAGCACAAUAUUGGUUGUCUGUUUUGGUAAUUAGCAAGGAUGGUUCUGCAGAUAAGGGGUACUAUUCGUCCAAGGCUUAAGUGGGAUGUGAUGGUGGAUUUAUUUUUCUAUAGAGAACCUGAAGAGGCCAAGCAACAAGAGGAGGAGGAAUUACCAUCUGCCCCAGAAUAUGCCAUUCAAGAUUUUGGUGCUGCUGGCAUUGCCGGCUUCCCUGCAGCUGAUGGGGAAUGGGGGGCUGUUACAGCUGAACAAUCCUGGGCUGAACCAGUUCCUCAACAACCCAUUGUAGCUGCACCUGCUAACUGGGCCCCAGAUGCUGCUGCAGGUGACUGGGAGCCAGUUCCAGCUCCACAGGCUUCCGUUCCUGCACCCGGAGGUGUUGUCCUCACUGGCUGGGAAUAAGCACUCUUAAGAUUUAAGCACAACUCAUCAAAACUGUUCUGAAGAAUUUUCUCUUCCUUUAAUGUGAUGUAUAUUGACACGAUUUUUAACAAAACUGUUAUUUUAGAGAGUACAUUUUGUUUUAUGUUCUUAUUUGGUUAAUCCUUCAAAGAUACUCCGUGUGUGUUUGGAUACCAGUUUGUAUAAAAUUGAUUUUGCAAACUUGAUUUUGAUGAAAAGUGAGUUUGUAUUGAAGUGAUUUAUGUU